AUGGUCAAAUCCGCGAUCCUCCCCGCUGCGGCGCUUGUCCCGCUCGCCGCCGCCGCUCUGUACCCUGGCGUUACCACCGAUAACCACACCUGUGUUCUGAGCGAGCCUGUCCUCUCUUGCUCCGCAGAUGCUGUUCCCGGCAAGGUCGACACCUGCUGCUCCGAGACCUUUGGCGGCCUGGUGCUUCAAACCCAGUUCUGGGACGUUUACACCGGAUUCGAGGGCGAAGGCCAGAUCCUGCCCCAGAAGUCCUGGACCAUUCACGGCCUGUGGCCUGACUUUUGCAACGGUUCAUAUACUCAGUACUGCGACCUGAACCGUCAGUAUGACCCUAAGCCUUCGCCCAACACCACCACAGGCACCCCCGGUGGCACCCCCGUGCCGCCUUACCAGGGCGAGUCCAUCGACAAGUGGUUUGCGCCUUACGGCAAGUCUGAUCUUCUUGCCUGGAUGAACAAGUACUGGAUCGCCCAAGGCGACCGCAACUGGGUUCUCUGGGCGCACGAGUACUCCAAGCAUGCCACCUGCUUUUCUACCUUUCAGACCGAAUGCUUCGGUCCCAAGGCCAGCAAGUACGACGAUUUGUUUGAGUUUUUCGAGACCGUCAUCAGCUACUACAAGGACCUGCCCACCUGGCAUUGGCUCGCCGACGCUGGCAUCAAGCCCUCCAACACGACUGGCUACACCCUCUCCAACAUCCAGACCGCCCUCAAGAAGGGUUACGGCAAGGUCCCCUACCUCGGCUGCGGCGGGCCCAAGUACAACGAAACGGCGGCCGGCAAGGGCUCCAGCGACAACGGUCGCACGCAGUUCCAGGAGGUUUGGUACUACAACCACGUCGUCGGCCGCGUUCAGAGCAAGGACGUGGUCCGCGUGGAUGCCGACGUUGUCGGUGGCAGCCUUGGCAACUGCGCCAAAGCCGAAAACGCCGUCUGGUACUACAAGCGCGCAAAGGGCAGCGAGACCACGGGCUGCCAGAAGAAGAACUAG